AUCCAUCUACACAACAAAAAACCAAACACACAAAAACAAUUCCAUUUAAUUAUUAUUACCUAAAUAUUAUUAUUUUUUUGCCAAUAUUAAUCAAAUGUUCAUAUGUGGGAGUGGAAGCUUCGGCAAUCAAGACGAAGAUCAUCAAGAAAACGAAUCCAACGGCAGCCCUUGCCCCACGCCGAAGAGAUCGAAAAGAAGCACGAGUUUCUGCAAGAUCAUAUGCAAAGACACCACCAACAAGAAUCCAUACGCGGACAGAGGCCUCGACAAAUUCUACGCGCUCCUAGCCGAUCUCGACACCAAGAAGCAGAAGAUCUACACUCAAAAGGGCUCCGAAGAAAUCUCCUUCGUCCGAUUCGUCUAUGCCAACGACUCCGAUCAAGUCAAGCCGAUCGUCGUAAAAAUCAAGGAUAAAAAUAAUCACGAGGACAAAAAAUUUAGCAGCACCAAAAGUUUGCCCAAACAACAGCCGCAGCCGGUAAAUAGUAAUAAUAAUAAUAAUAUUACAAAGUCAGCAGCAACAAUAUCAUCAGCUGAGGUUACGAAGGAGGAAUCGAAAGAAUCGAAAGAGAAUAUUCCCCCGCCGAAGAAGAAGAGGUGUCUUCGAUCAUGCAGUGCUGCGAGUUUUAAGUUGGAAAAUAUGAGGCACCCGUUUUUCUAUUUUCCGGUGAUUUUGGUUUUGAUUUUGUUGUUUCUGGCGGUUUACGGACGGUCUUUCGCGAUUCUUUGCACGUCGAUCGGGUGGUAUAUGUUGCCGAGUAUUGUCGGAGGGGGUUUUUCGUCUUUUCCGGUUAGUGAGAGGAAACCGAAGAGGAAGAAGGAGUACGUGAGGCGGCAAAGUGACAAGAAGAUCGUUGUGCACCGCGAGGAGCCGACUUCUCCGAAAAGUGUCAUAAAUGGACCAUAAAAUAAAAUAAAAAAUUAUUCAACAACAACGACGACAACAACAACAACGACGACAGAACACGUUUGUAUAUAGAAGGUGGUGAAGAUUGAUCAAGAUGUUGUUCUUGAGUUUUGAUUUUUUUUUUAUCCUUUUUUAUUUUUUUAUUUUAGUAUUGAAUCGGUGAAUUUGUGUUCGAUUAUAACCCGGUGUCGAUGUAGAUAUUCUUUUUUUGUUUUUUUUUUUUUUUAUGUUUUUUUGUAAUUUGUGAAGAAACGUGUUAAUUAGGGGAUGGGAUUUGAAAUAAUUAAUCCAUAAUCGACAAGUUGUAUGGUGAAUUAGUGUGGCAUUAAAUAUGAAAUUAAAGAGUGUAAUAACUAAUGUACAUAUCCAUUAAUCCGUCACCAAACCAAGGUUGUGGAUCGGAAA